AUGGAAGAUAAGCUCAAAAAAUUAAGAUUGCGUAGGGGACAAUUAAAGGCAUUUUGUACAAGGGCGCACAACACACUUGCGUCGGACACUGUUAGCAACAUGACAGUGGCACAAUUGACAGAGCGUAAAGUUAGGGUCGAAGCUACAUGGGCUCAUUUCGAUGAAGUGCAGUCUGAGAUAGAGCAAUUACAAGAGGGACCCGAUUUUGCUGAGAAUCACGAGCAUGAGAGAGUGGAAUAUGAGGAAACGUAUUACGACGUCAUUUCAAAGUUUCAAGAAUUGAUUGUCUCUCGUGAAGUAGUGAAUUUUCCGGUGGUAGAAGCGCAUACCGCAAAUGUCGCGCGUAAUCAGGCACCAGUUAACGAUUUAAAGCUUCCAAGAAUUAACUUACCGUCUUUUUCAGGUGCAUACGAGGAGUGGUAUCCAUUCCACGAUACCUUUCAGUCUCUCAUUCAUAACAGUCUCUCAAUUACUGGGAUCCAAAAGUUCCACUAUCUAAGAUCAUCUCUAAAGGGAGAAGCGGCUGAAGUAAUUUGUUCGCUUGAGAUUUCGUCUGAUAAUUAUGAGCAGGCAUGGCAAAUGCUAAAGGCGCGUUAUGACAAUAAGCGUCUGAUCAUUCAGAAACACAUCAAGUCAUUGUUUGAAUUGCAACCGGUAUCUAAGGAAAAUUAUUCAAGCCUUCGUCAUUUGGUCGACGGACUUUUAAAGCAUAUGCGAGCUUUGAAGGCGAUUGGCCGUCCUACAGAAACAUGGGACGAUCUCAUUAUACAUAUGAUAACUGGCAAAUUGGAUCAUACUACAAAUAAGGAAUGGGAAAAUAGUAUCUCUGGAGAGGAUAUUCCCACUGUACAGAGCUUUACCGAGUUUUUGGAACAUCGAUGUCAUGUAUUAGAGGCUAUCAGUAGAAAUAAGGCACAAGUUGCUCCACAAUCGCAAAUUAAGCACGGUCAGACAAAGACUUCAACACUCCACAGUUCAAAGACAGCAUCCUGCUUGAAAUGCAAGGAGGCUCAUCAAAUUUAUGCAUGUUCACAGUUUUUGAAGCUUUCACCAGAAGAGCGUUUCAAAUUUGUCAAAGAAAAUAGGUUAUGUUGGAACUGCUUGGGAACCUCAGCGCACACGGCAAAAUUGUGCAGAUCGGGCGGUUGCAAAACAUGUGGAAAACGACAUAACACGCUACUCCACCUUACCAAUGAGAAAGCAGAAGGCGCGAGUACAGCAAUUCCAUUAAAGCCGAUUGAGCAGCAACCAAGCUCAUUCACAGCGAACGUCGCGCAUACAACUAUGCCGAGUAUAGCUCCGCAAGUUCUCUUAUCUACAGCGAUCGUAAAUGCACACGAUGCACAAGGAAAAGGACAAAGGUGUCGCAUUUUAUUAGAUUCAGGCUCACAAUCAAAUUUUAUCACUGAGGACUUGGCGCGUCGUUUAGGCCUCGAGGUGAGGCCAGCAAAUGUUUCAAUUUCAGGAAUUAAUCAGACGUGCAGUCAGAUCAAGAAAAUGGCGCAAGUAAAAAUAAGUUCCAGACAUUAUGCAUAUCACAUUGUUGUUGAUUGCUUGAUUUUGAAGUUGAUUACAGAACGUUUGCCCAACUUUACAGUUAACAAGGACAAAUUCAAGUUGCCUUCUAAUUUGCCUAUAGCGGAUCCGGAAUUCAAUCGCUCAACGGACGUAGACAUGCUACUAGGCGCAGAAAUAUUCUGGAAUAUUUUAUGUAUCGGACAGAUAAAGGAGUCACCGGAUCAUCCGUUGCUACAAAAAACUCUCUUUGGAUGGGUGUUAGGUGGAAAAUUUCCAAGUGUUGCUUCAUCGCAGGGAAAAACACAGUGUCAUUUAUCUAUGAGUCAUGCCGAUUUGCAGCAAGCAGUUGAAAGAUUUUGGCAUACAGAACAGAUCUCAAACAAACCGAUGCUCACUGCUGAAGAAAGAGAAUGUGAGGCUCAUUAUGAGAAAACCUAUCGACGGAACGAGCAGGGUCGUUUCAUAGUUAAAUUACCGAUUAAGGCAGGUAAGUUGCAAACAUUAGGAGCUUCUUACGACAUUGCAUUAAAGCGUUUUCUGGCUUUGGAACGCAAGUUAAAUCGUCAUCCUGACAUGAAGGAGAAUUACGCACACUUUAUGCAAGAAUAUAUUGAACUACAACAUAUGAGGCCCAUCACAAUGCGCCAUCAGGAAACGUCUCCAUCAUACUACAUGCCACACCAUGCUGUCUUCAAGGAUAACAGUGCUACUACAAAGAUUCGGGUCGUUUUUGAUGCGUCCUGCAAGACUGACAGUGGAAUAUCACUCAAUGAUAUUUUGAUGGUUGGUCCAACUUUGCAACAGGAUCUUUUUUCCAUUCUGCUUAAUUUUCGUAUGUGGCAGUAUGUGCUCACUGGAGAUAUUGCUAAAAUGUAUCGCCAGGUAUUAAUUGAUGAAUCUCAACAAAGUCUGCAGAGAAUUCUAUGGCGUGAUAAUAGUGAAAAAGAAAUACAAAUCUUUGAAUUAGCCACCGUUACGUACGGUACGGCAUCCGCCGCUUUUCUAGCGAUACGCUCAUUGCAAGAGAUAGCUAAUCUGGAACAGACUAAUGUACCACUAGGAGCUGCAAGAAUCUUAUCCGAUUUUUAUGUGGACGACCUUUUGACAGGCGCCAAUACUAUUCAAGAGCUUAUCAUAAUACGAAACGAAGUAAGUAACAUACUCAACAAGGCAGGUUUUUCUCUACGCAAGUGGGCUUCUAAUUCGCAAGCAGUUUUAGAUGGCAUGGCCGAGACAGCCUCUGACUUUAUUCUAAACAUUUAUGAAGACGUGAACCUGCCCACGCUUGGUACACAAUGGAACUCGAAUGAUGAUAUAUUUCAAUUUAACAUUUUAGCGAGCAAUCAUCACAAGAUUACGAAAAGAAAAAUAUUGUCCACCACGGCUCGUAUCUACGAUCCUUUGGGAAUUGUGGGACCGGUCGUCAUUACGGCAAAAAUUAUUUUACAACGAUUAUGGCAACUAAAGAUAGAUUGGGACGAAACUGUUCCCAGUAAUAUCCACACACAGUGGAAUCGUUAUGAAUCAGAAUUGUCAAGGUUAAACGAGUUAAGGAUACCACGAAAGGUAAUUCCACGCGAUGUUGAAAUACGAGAGCUGUGCGGUUUCGCAGAUGCUAGCGAAAAAGCAUACGGCGCUUGCGUGUAUGUUAGGAGCAAGCUAUCAGAAGAUCAUUAUGAGACACAUCUAUUAUGCGCUAAAUCCCGUGUGGCACCGCUGCGAAAUAUGUCUCUUCCGCGUUUGGAGUUAUGUGCAGCAUUGUUGCUAGCUCAGUUGAUGCACAAGAUAAUGGAAUGUGUUAAUUGCAAGUUUACUCGUAGUUUUUAUUGGUCAGAUUCAACAAUAGCGCUCUCAUGGAUAAGGUCUUCUCCCAGGAAAUGGAAUACUUUCGUUGCAAAUCGUGUAAGCGCGAUUCAGGAUAUUUCGAAUCAAGAGGACUGGCAUCACGUUGAUUCAUCACAUAACCCUGCAGAUAUCAUUUCAAGAGGCAUAUCACCUACACUAUUGCUCACAACUAAGUUAUGGUGGAACGGUCUAGAGUGGCUGGCAAAGGACGCAGCGAAGUGGCCUGUCAAGCCUUGGCUCGCUGAACAAAAUCCACCCGAAAUGAGAAGGGUAGUCACAGCUGCGAUAGUCGAACAAGAACCGUUGGAAAUAUUCAGCAAAUAUUCAACAUUUGACAAGUUAAUUCGAAUACAUGGAUACGUGCUACGAUUUAUUAACAAUUGUCGUAAUUCCGCGUCUAAGCUCACUGGAAAUUUGACAGCAGGGGAGCACAAUAUGGCUGCUCAAUCAUUAGCUAAAGUAGUGCAAGCAGUUGCGUUUGCAAGUGAGCUCAAGCUCCUACGUAAUCAUAAGCCAUUAUCGAGAAAUAGCAGUUUAUUGUCUCUCACGCCGAUACUGGACGAUCAAGGAAUUUUACGAGUCGGUGGCAGGCUCCAAAGAGCCAAGCUUCCAUUUUCAGCAAGGCAUCCUAUAUUAUUGCCAUCCAAACACAUUUUCACAAGAUUACUGAUAGAACAUGAACACUCUCGACUACUACAUGCCGGGCCACAAAUGACCUUGGCUUCUAUACGACAACGGUUUUGGCCAUUAAACGGUCGAAACAUGGUUCGCUUCAUUUUGAAAAAAUGCAUUAAGUGUUUUCGCACCACGCCUUCAACUAUUCAACCCAUCAUGGGCCAAUUGCCCACGCAGCGAGUGCAAGCUUCUCGAGCUUUUGUUAGUGUGGGAGUGGAUUAUUGCGGACCAUUUCAAAUUCGUGAGUCCAAACGACGAAAUGCAAAAACUAUGAAAUCAUAUGUAGCUAUAUUUGUAUGCAUGGCAACCAAGGCAGUUCAUAUAGAGAUAGUCUUCGAUCUUUCGACACAAGGCUUCAUACACGCUCUUAAACGAUUUAUUGGUCGCAGGGGUAAGCCGAGCCAUAUUUUCUCAGACAAUGCAACUAAUUUCGUAGGAGCAAAUCGCGAACUAAAAGAAUUGCAUAGCACAUUUACAAGAGAUAAGGACAUAAUGGCCCACGAAGCCGCUGUGCAAGGUUUUCAGUGGCACUUCAUACCACCUCGAGCUCCUAAUUUCGGAGGCCUUUGGGAGGCGGCAGUUCGAUCGUUCAAGGCUCAUUUUAAAAGGGUAGUAGGUACCGCUUUGCUAACGACAGAUGAGAUGCAGACUCUUUCCAUUGAGAUUGAAGCCGUACUCAACUCCCGUCCCAUUACUGUCUUAUCCAAUGAUCCCAAUGAUUUGGCAUAUUUAUCCCCCGGUCAUUUCCUUAUUGGUGACGUGCUGACCGAUUUACCAGAACCUGAAAUGAGCGAGACCCGAGAAACUAGGCUUUCUAGAUGGAAGCGAGUCGAACAAAUGCGACAGCAUUUGUGGAAAAGAUGGUCAAGAGACUAUCUUAAUCAGCUCCAGCAGCGUACUAAAUGGAAAACGGAAGACAUUAACGUUGCACCCGGAAACAUGGUACUUAUUAAAGAGGACGAUGUACCACCAUUGUGUUGGCCUCUUGGUAGAGUUAUGGAAAUUCAUCCAGGAGCCGAUGGCGCAAUAAGAGCAGUCACUGUUAAAACUGCCAAGGAAAUUUUCAAGAGACCGUCAAAUAGACUAAGUUUACUUCCCAUUGAACAAUAA